AAAGGAAAGCAAUUCUCUGUUGCCCUUUUUUCUUUUGCUUUCUUUGGAACGGAGUGAAGAGAAAGCAAGGUAUCUUAUAGUUUUGAAGCAUAAGCAAACAGCAAGACCAGGGGGAUAGUUUUGGUGAUGAAGACACAUUAAGAAGGUGGCAGCUGGGAUAAGCUGCGACUACGUAGUAUGUGAUGAACAAAGGAAACAUGAGCUGCAGUGGGAGGCUAUUGAUGGAGGAAAAAUAUGAGGAUGAGGAGAUUUCAAGGUUGGCAAUAUCUGAAUUUCAGUCCAGAGAGGAAGAGAUCGAGAGGAAGAAGAGGGAGGUUAAAGAGAAAGUUGAACUCCUUUUGGGUCGUGCUGAGGAAGAAGCAAAGCGCUUGAAACAGAUUUGGGAAGAACUCCAAGAACUCACCGAUCCAGCGAGGAAGGAAGCUGCAACCAUACGUAAGAAGAUAGACCUGGCUAACCGAGAGUUAAAGGCACUUGGACAAAGCUGCCAAAAGAAGGAGAAAGAGUACAAAGAUACUCUUGAAGCUUUCAAUGAAAAGAAUAGAGAAAAGGCACAGCUUGUUACCACUUUAAUGGAGCUGCUGACUGAAAGUGAGAAAUUGAGGAUGACCAAACUCGAGGAGCUGAGCAAGAAUAUGGAAUCUCUACAGUAGGUGUCCUUUCAGCUCCAUUCUCCUUUUACUGGCUUUUGUCUUUAAUUAGCUUAGAAUACAAAUCAUUCUUAAGUUAUAGCUACCUUUGUAUCAGUUUCUUCUGAUUGCUGCCAUCUUGUUCUUUGGUUUCUGAUGCAUGUUCAUUAAACUGUAUUUUGCUAUAUGAGGAUUCAUAGCUGACAGAUUGUAAUCGCCUUCUCUAAGUACUAAAACAAAAGAAUUGUGGAAAUGAUGCUAAAUGUGCAUGCUGAAGAGCCUGAAAUACAUAUAGUUUACUUCU